AUGGCGAUGACUGACCUGGUAUCCCUGGACACCUAUAUACAGAACACAGUGUCUGCGCUGUACCCUCCUUUCGAGGCCACAGCGGCCACAGUGCUCUGGCAGCUCUUCAGUGUGGCCGAGAGGCUCCACGGCGGGGAUGGGCUGCGCUGCCUCACUGCCUUCCUGGUCCCGGCGGGGCAGGCCCUGCAGCGCCUGCAGGGAGAGGCCUGUGCCAGAUACACAGGCCUCAUCUUCUUCCACGAAGGCUGGCUGCUAUGCCUACACGAGAAGGUGGUGGUGCAGCUGGAGUCCCUCCGUGGAGUCAGGCUCAGGCCUGGGGACUUCUACCUGCAGGUCACAUCAGUGGGGACGCAGUCAGCCAGGCUGGUCUUAAAAUGCCUCUCCUGCCUGGGAAGAGGCUCAGAAGAAGUUACUGUCCCCAAGGCCAUGUACAGAUGCAUCAUCACUGGAGAGUUUCUGGAAUGGGUCAACUGGGAGGGGAACAGUGUCCCCUUGCAAAACUGCUUGCUGACCUUGGGACGCCGCACCCCAUGCAGCAAUGUCACCGACCUCAUCUUUGUGCCCACAACCUGGACAGUCCCACCUGCCUGCUCCAGCCACCCUGGGCCUGAGCAGCUGCCGCCUGGCAGCAUCUCAGAGGCUCCUGCCCCAGCCCCAGCCCUGGCCAGGCCCUGCCCCCAGGGGACACCCCUGCCCCCGCCCCACUGCAGUGGGCAUCCCAGCAGCGGCGAACCCAGCCGCAUCCCUUACCCAAGGGAAAGCCUCAGGACUCCAUCCGGGAGCUCUGAUGGAGGCCUUGUAAGGGUCAGCCCCUCAGAGCAGGACCCCAAAGGUCCAGGAGGAGGGCUGGGCCCCACGGACAGGAAUGAUGGCCCCCAGGCCCUCACCCUCCUUGAGGACACAGACAACCCAAGCUCCGGAAGGCAGCCACUAGGGGACUCAGCUGGCAUGGAAGCCGGAUGCUGGUUCAGGAAGUCCUACGUGGAGGCCUUGCCCAACCCCGUGCCCUUGGGCACCAGCUCUGAGUCCCUUGGGGACAAGGCCUGGAGCUCCCAGACCAAGAGCCCUGAUGCAGCAGCCAGCCUGACCCAGAAAGACACCUCGGCUCCUGGGGAGACCACUGGGAGACCCCGAGCCAAGAGAGUCUCUCAGGAGGGGAAGCUGUGGGGACCAGAAACGCAGGCUCCAGCCGCCCCUUGUGUGCCGCUGCAGAAGGUCCUGGAUGCCCUGGAGAGGAAGCACAUCCGGAAGCUGCACAACACAUACCUGUCCCUGGAGUCCAGUCUGUGGUACCUCAACUGGAACCCCCCUGACACCUACACUGACGAAGCCACUGAGCCCCCAGGGGAAGAAGACCUGCCCACCCAGGUGCCCAGGCAGGCGCUGGAAAUCAGCCAGGAGCCGCUGCAGUCUGGGGCGGUCAGCCUCCCAGGGUCCUGAGACCGUCAGGGGAGAGCAGUGGUGCAGGUCUGCCCCAGGGGCCCGCUCUGGUCCAGCAAACACGCCUCCAGCCCCGAGCUGGUCCACCUGCUGAAGUACCUCCAUGGCAUCCCCAGGUGGGACUGAGGCAGGUGCCCUCUUUUCAGACCUUUGAGGACAAACCCUCAUGAGGCUUCCGUCUGAGACCUCAGGGUGCCCUGAGCAUGGGCAGAGGCUCCCUCCUGCCCCGUGGGCUCCU